GUUCGGGCACGUGCUACGGAAGCACGCGGAAUUGACAUGUCGUAAUAUUUAGUGUCUUUGACUCUUUGCUUAGUUAAUUGGUUUAGAAGAAAUUUAUCGAGGGUUACUUGUCCUGAUUUAAUCUCCUGCCGGGACAAGAAUUAUCACAACUUGAGCUAACAAUGACCGGAAAGCAGGCUAUUAGAGUUUUUGCAGGUGGUUUUACUCUGGGAGUUGGCGGGUCUCUAGCAUUUUUUGAUAAUAUAGGAUAUUUUGCAACAGUCUCUGGAAAAUCGAUGCAGCCUGCCUUAAAUCCAGAUUCUUCUAAGCAAAGGGAUGUAUUAUUCUUGAGCCGAUGGUCUGUACGUGACUAUAACAUCGAGAGGGGAGAUGUUGUUUCUUUAGUCUCUCCUCAUCACCCUCGGGAGGUUUUAAUUAAAAGGGUUAUUGCUCUUGAAGGAGAUACAAUAAGAACAUUAGGAUAUAAAAACCGUUAUGUGACUGUACCAGAGGGUCACUGCUGGUUGGAAGGAGACCAUCGAGAAGUCAGUCUGGAUAGUAAUUACUUUGGACCAAUUGCUCUUGGUCUGCUACAUGCUAAAGCCAGUCACAUUGUAUGGCCAUUGAGGAGAUGUCAGAAAGUAGAGUCUUAUCAACCAGCAGAUAGACCCAUCUUGAUGGGAGAGAGUCUUGCUAUAGCCUUAGAAGAGAUGUUUGUUGAUAAUGAAAACUCUUUAAGUGUUGAACUAGAAGAUGAAUUUGGGAUAAUCAGGGAUAAAACGUAACAGCAUGUUUCUUACUUUGAGAACUUUACCAAAAAUAAUAUUAUAAAAAAAAUAACUGUGAAUUGAAUUUAUUUUGAGGUAUUUACAAGGAAGCCAUUCUGCCACAUCAAGAACAUUUCAUUGCUAUGAUUGCAUAUCUCUGGAUUAUAGCAAACUUCAUGUCAAGGCAAUUGGGGAAAAUACCAUUCUAGUUAAACUGAAUGAUUGUUAAUGCAAUCUCAUCAAACAUGCAACUGUUUAAUUUGUUCAUUUACAUCAAAUUAAUUUUACUAUACUGUGCAUGAUAUAGCGUGGUUGUUGUAUCCAACUGCUAAGAAAGCAUGAAUGCGUUUUAGUAACAAGUGAUCAAAUGGUGUUCACUAUUCUGAUUUAAACUUGGAAAUGAAUGUCUAUGCCCAUCCAAUUGAUAUGGAUUAGACCUAUGUCAUCAGUGGAGUAGAUUAUGAGGCUUUUUUUAGCAAUGCACCUUAUCUACCUCUUUGUACUGUUCAUACUCGAGAUUAAGGAGCCUUUAAAAGCAAUCAAAGAUUUGCAAAGUAUUCUUGUCAGUGUGAUUUCAUGUUCUGUCCAUUUACAAGAAAAGCCACAUUUUGAGAAUUAUUUCAUGACUUUGGUUGAUCAAUAUCUAUUUCAUUAGGCCCUUUGUGCUAAUAAUUAUUAAGAGUUUGAGAACUUUAUGGAGCACCACAUGUCAACCUCUUUGAUAUGAAAUACUUUUGCAAAUUUGUAAAUUUGCAAAUUUGUAACUCAAUACUAUAUCUCACUUUUUCUUAUUACUUGUGGCAUAUGAAACUGACUAUCUUCAUUCUUCUUUCACAAAGAUGUCUUUUUUGUUAGAAUAAAUUACAUUGAGGAUUGUGCACAUUCCUUGAGGAGUUAACAACAGUUGGAAAUAUAAAUUUUUAUAUGAUAAACUUUAAAGUACAUAAGAAAAUUUAUCGUACAUUGACAUAAACUUACUAAUUUACAUAUCACUGUUUCAAGUUUCAACCCAUUUACAAAAACAAGGAGGCUUAAAAAUGCUGUAAGUUUAUUUCCCAGAAGAUUGUACUGAAAUUGCCAUUGUUCUCUUCUCUCCCUCUCUGUUGACGUAAUUCAAUUUAUAUUUUCACAUUUUUGGUGACCUUUAAUUUUUGGCAUUAUCAUGUAUGAAAUGAAGAAUUUUCACAUAGCAUCAUUCUAUCAAAAAUAGGAUUGAAUAACAGAGCUUGAAUAUGUAUAUCAAAGCACUGUAGUCGUCAGCACUGACUAAAUUGUCCUGUCCUUUCAAAGUUGCUGGAUAUGAUUAAAGUGAAUGCUGUCUAAAGUUUCCUCUUGAUUGGAAAAGAAAAUAAUUGGUACUGAAGAUAUUUUGUGCAAAUGGUAACUUCCCAUACAUUAUAGAAAUAUCAAUUUUGUGAAUGAAUAAACAUGUAUUAGAAUAAUGUACAUAUAUAU